CCCCUGCGCGCGCUCUGCCCCCCAGCCAGGCUGCCUGCUCCUUCCACCCUGCAGAAACUGCGGCUGCCCAGCUGCCUCCGCCCCGGGCCGGGGUUCCAGGUGGGCGGCUGGACAUGGAGCUCCGAACUGCGGAUCGUGAGCCUCCGGCGCGCCCCAACCUGCCCGUCCGACCGAUGGGUGACCUUGAGCCGAGGGCGCCUCGUCUCUGCCUCUCCUGCUUCAUCUGCACAGUGGGGAUUGGUUUGGCAAGGUCGCCGAUCCCACAUCCUUUAGGAUGGGACACCGCUUCUCAUGUUUGCAGACUUUAAGGCGAUGGGUUUCCUGGGCGCCAUUUGCCUUGACCCAGAUCUCUACCCUCCCUUGCCUCAGUUUCCCCCAUAUCCUGCCUCUAUCCCUUCCUGGCUCUGAGCUCUGGGUCUUGGCAGGUACCCAUCACCCCGCCCUCCCCAUCCCAAGCCCUGGAGACAGCAACCUCCCGUCUGCUGAGGGCUAGGGACAGCAUGAAGGCUCCGGGUCGUCUUCUGCUCCUCACACUUUGCUUCUUGACCAUCUCUGCUGUCUACAUCCUCCUGUGCUGUUGGGCCUGCCUGCCCCUCUGCCUGGUGACCUGCCUGGACCACCACCUCCCUGUGGUCUCCAGACCCUCUGUGGUAGGGCCUCUGCACCUCAGUGGCUACAGCAGUGUGCCAGAUGGCAAGCCUCUCAUUCGAGAACCCUGCCACAGCUGUGCAGUGGUGUCCAGCUCCGGCCAGAUGCUGGGUUCAGGCCUGGGUGCCCAGAUCGACGGUGCUGAGUGUGUACUACGUAUGAACCAGGCUCCCACUGUGGGCUUUGAGGCAGACGUGGGUCAGCGCAGCACCCUGCGAGUGAUCUCACACACAAGCGUGCCCUUGCUCCUGCAGAACUACUCACACUAUUUCCAGCAGUCUCGAGACACGCUUUAUGUAGUGUGGGGCCAGGGCAAACACAUGGACCGGACAUUGGGUGGCCGCACCUACCGCACACUGCUGCAGCUCACCAGGAUGUACCCGGGCCUGCAGGUGUACACCUUUACGGAGCACAUGAUGGCCUACUGCGAUCAGAUCUUCCAGGAUGAGACUGGCAAGAACCGGAAGCAGUCAGGAUCCUUCCUCAGCACUGGCUGGUUCACCAUGAUCCUGGCCCUGGAGCUGUGUGAGGAGAUUGCGGUCUAUGGGAUGGUCAGUGACAGCUACUGCAGGGAGAAGAGCCACCCCUCUGUGCCUUACCAUUAUUUCGAGAAGGGCCGGCUAGAUGAGUGUCAGAUGUACCUAUUGCAUGAGAAGGCGCCACGGAGUGCCCACCGCUUCAUCACCGAGAAGGCCGUGUUCUCCCGCUGGGCCAAGAAAAGGCCCAUCGUGUUCACCCACCCAUCCUGGAGGGCUGAGUAGUUCCUGUGGCUAGUGGCCACCAGGCCUCCCCUAGUCCGGUGACAAUCCCAGGCCACCACACUCCAUUAGGAACAUUUAAUUUAUGACUUUACCUUCUGCCACAUGCCAGGUGGUCCUGGGGUUUCUUCCUACCCCACCCUGGGGACACUUAGAACAAUCUCGGGUGACUUGUGACUUAAAGGGGGAGCCUGAGAGGGAGCCUGCCACCGAUGUCACCCCAGCUCCCUGGAGAAUCCAUGUCUUCAUCUUGGGGUUUGUCUUACCACCAGGUCUCUCAAGUGGCCUUUGCCCUGGGGGCAAUGGCCCCCCAUUCACCAGCAUCAUGACCUUGUGCCAGCCGUCUUGAUCUUUCCUUUACCUACCCCCAGCCACACAGUGCCACAUUCUCAGGCUGGUGGCUCUGUUUGGGGCAGCCCGGAGCCUGGGAUUUGUUUGGUACAGGACCUUUGAGCAGAGACUGUCAGGGCCAUCUCAGGAGUGUACCAGUAAAUGUGUAUUUUCUGGACACUG